ACCAUUAAGUUCUGCAUUGCCAAAGUAAAAGUCAAAGUGUUACUGGUAUGUGACAUGUUAUCCGUUUGAACCCAGGUGCUCUAGCAUGAUCUGCGUUUGCAAUCAGCUAUGACCUCACAUCUUCUGCAACUUCUACUCACCCCAUCUUCGUCACGAUUCUACUCUACCCAUAGAACAAAGCACUCAUUCCGAAACGGCGCCUUCUCAUCCUUCCAUAUUUCGAGCUUAACAAGCAGCGGGAACAGCAGAGCGUGCCGGGGUAGAAGGAGAAGAAGUAGCCUCGCUGUAGGAAGACCUAUUUAUGGGGAGGGGGGAGUCAGCACAUCUUCUUCAAUCCUCACUGCCACCCAAGAGAAUGAAGCAUAUACUGAGGUUUUGGAAGACCCAGAUCCCCAAGUCCUUGAAUACGUCUCCCAAAUCAAAAGAGUUCUGGAGCUCCUCAAGAAGAAUAGAGAUAUGAUGUUCAGUGAGGUUAAGUUGACAAUAAUGAUUGAAGACCCCAGGGAUGUAGAGCGGCGGAGGCUACUAGGGAUUGAUGAAGAUGAAGCUCCAAGCAGAGAGGACUUGGCUUCUGCUCUAGAAGAAAUAAAUGAAGGCAAGAUACCUAAGGAUCACCUUGCUCUUCAGAUGCUGGCGGAGGAAUUGACCUCAUGGCCCAAUUUGGAGAACGAGGCUACAAAGAAACAGAGGCCGGACAGAUCUGUGUAUGCAAGAGCCACUGACACUGGUGUUGAUCUAAAAGUGGCUGCUGUGAAGAGGCUUACACUUGAUUGGGAUUCAGCAGCUGAAAUAGAGGGAGCAGAUGAGGAGGGUGAUAACACAGAAGUGCCUCCAGUCGUGGGAUUUGGAGCUCUGUACCUGGUAACUGCAUUUCCCGUGAUCAUUGGAGUCUCGGUAGUGUUGAUUUUGUUUUACAACUCCUUGCAGUAGACCGUGUCGCAUUCUCAAUGUGCAUUCAUCUUCUCUAUCCAUCCAUCCAUCCAUCCAUCCAUCCAUCCAUCCAUCCAUCUAUAUAACUUAGUUUAAGACCUUGUACACACUACAAAGUAGCACAAUCUAUACAGGGACAUUAAAUUCCCAGUUGAACUUCCCAUCUCUACGUUUUUUUGACUCACUUUCAUUUUCAAUUGAUGAAAAUGCCGAUAUUAUGUGUAUGCUAACAAUGGAUGAGCUGAGUGUUUACUGGGGAAAGCACAGGAAAAACGCUGAGAAUGGUAGUGUUUAGGUUCAACGUUUUAUAAGGUAUUAUAAGAAAAAUGGUACUCCCUCUGUCCCCCUCUGUCCCGUAAAAUAGUUCCCGGUUUCCUUUUUGAGCCGUCCCAAAA